CAAUAUUCUCAGGCACCUGCAACGAGACCCGAGAGAUCAACGCCACAAAUAUUUCAAAUUCGUCAAACUCUUUCAACAGAAGAAAAAGAAACCGGCGAUGGGAAAAGCGUCGGGAGCGAAGCAAGCGGCGGUGGUGUUCGGAGCCCUAGCCGUCGGAUGGCUGGCCAUAGAGCUCGCCUUCAAGCCCUUCCUCGACAAAGCCCGCUCCGGCAUGAACAAGUCCGACCCGGCCCGCGAUCCCGACGAAGACGAUGUCGUCAAGGCUGCCGAGGCCACCGUUAAAGCUGCCGAGGCCACGGUUAAAGCUGCCCAGGCCACCGUUAAAGCUGCCGAGAUCGCCGUCGACGAAGCCUCUGCACCUCUGUAAGGUAGCGGACUCGAACACUACUACUACUGGUACAAUCUGCACCGAAUCGAUAGGCAAUAACGAUGGGGGUUUUGGAAUAUUACGAUCUCGGAUUAAUCAAAUUUUAAGAGCUUUGUUACUGUUUACUGUGAAUUCGUAAAUUGUUGGAAUUUUAGAAUCGAGGGACUUGCUGGCUUUUGAAUUUUUCUUUCUGUUUAAUCACUAUUAAUUAAUGCUUGUUAAUUAUAAUUAGAUUCUAAAUUUUAGAUUUUAGGGUUUUGGAUUUGUUUGCUGUAUGUAAUUGCAAUUUUUACUGAAGGAGGAGUCGAGUCGAGGGCGUCUUUUCGUGGAAGA